AUGUCAUUCUCAGCUGUACCUUCCACUUUGGGUCCAGAUCUGAUUUUGACGGUUAUUCCGUCGCUUUCGUCGUCCGUCGACUCACAACGAGUCGGCGUGUUGAGAAUAGACGAGGAACAAGACGUUCCUCGUCUAUUCUCAACACGCCGACUCGUUAUUGGGUUAAAGGUAAAUACGUCUAAAACAAAGUACAUACUAGCCGGCGAAACCAAGACCGACCGACGCCGCUUGGGCAGUAUUAUAAUGGUCGACAGCGAUGAGUUUGAGUUCUCACCGACCUCAUCGGUAUCACCUCAACUAUCCGUCACAUGGGCCUUUCAGCUAGAUGGUAACGGCAGAACUAACGGAGAAGAAAUAAAAAAUUUCGUUAGCGACGAUGAAGUGUUUGACGCCAAGUUAUUGACAGCCAUGAAAUCUCCGGAAAGCUUACUAUCCAGCGAAAUUCAGGUGCCGUCACAGCACGACGAUGAAGACUACUCCGCCAGUAUCAAUGCCAUUUUGAAGCGCAAAGCCAGUGUCAAGAAGAAAAAGGUUUCCCGAAAUCAUCGCCGAACGUCGAGCCUCACGAAUCAAAUCAUGGGCGGAAGUGGCGAGCGGCGACGGUCCAGUGUUUACACCACCAGUUCGGGAGAGACCGCAAUAACACUCGAGGAAGCACGAGACGAUUCUACACAGGAUAAAAUUUUUGAAAAUAUUCGUCUGCACAAGGAGGUACUUCGAUCAGUGAAACUUGAACCAUGGAGUAUGAAGCGUAAAUUGAAGCUAGUCAAACAGGCUAAAAGUUACAUCUCAAAGCAUGAAGGUGUCCUACAGGAACAUUUCUCUUCGCGGACCGCGAAGAGUCUACUAACGCAGUUUAACAUAUUUUUGGGAACGAAAUGGCGACAGUUAUUACGGGAGAUCACUAACGUUUCAACCUAUUUGAUUCCGUGGGAAUCCCGCGUCAAGGAGAUCGAGUCUCAUUUCGGUUCCGUCGUUGCAUCGUAUUUCACCUUCCUUCGGUGGUUGUUUUGGGUGAACAUCGUGAUUUCGUCUUUGCUGAUUGUGUUCGUAAUGAUGCCGGAAGAAAUCUACAACGAUCGGGAGAAAGUGGGAUGCGACAUCCGGAAGACGAUGUCCCACCAGGAGCAGGCAAUAUCGUCCAAUUUUAGCACGAUUUGGGAGUUUGAAGGACGCUUGAAAUAUUCGUCCUUAUUUUAUGGGUACUAUUCUACGUUUUCUGGUGCGAUUGCGAGGGGAUAUAAUCUACCGUUGGCUUAUUUUUUAACUGGACUAAUGGUUUACAUAUACAGUUUUGUUGCAACGCUAAAAAAGAUGGCGAAAAAUUCACGUAUGUCCAAACUCUCUUCCAAAGAUGAUGAUUACGUUUUCUCUUGGAAAUUAUUUACCGGAUGGGACUACAUGAUAGGACAUACGGAAACGUCUCAAAACAGGAUGGCCUCAAUUAUUCUAGGAUUCAAGGAAGCAUUGCUCGAAGAAGCGGAGAAGAAAAAGGAUACCAGAAAUUGGCGAAUAAUAUUACUACGUAUCGCAGUGAACUUAAUCAUUCUAGGAUUGCUGGCAAUAUCUGCAUUUGCCGUUGUCCGAGUGGUUCAACGAUCUAUGGAUGUCGAUGAAACGGAUUCCUGGUGGAAACGCAAUGAAAUUACGAUUGUCAUGUCACUGAUAACGUUUUUCUUUCCAAUGUUUUUCGAAACAUUAGGUUUACUGGAAUAUUACCAUCCUAGAAAACAGCUCAGGAUUCAGUUGGCCAGAAUAAUGGUACUGAAUCUCCUCAAUUUGUACUCACUGAUAUUUGCUCUUUUCGACAAAAUUAGCCACAUGACAGAUGAGUUGAGAAAAAUGAAACCAGCCAAUUUCACGCACGAUACACAAUGCUUCCUAUCAAACAUAAAUCGUUCGUUUGGUCCGUCAAUAGCAGCGUCAAGUGUCCUUUUUGAUAAACCAAUGUCACAACCACUGUUCCAGGAUUUAUUCCAAAAUUUAACCGAUAAUUGCUACAAAGUUUUUGUGGACUGCGUAAGUCCGAACACGCUGAGCACAACUUUACUAACAACUCUGGUCAUGGCUAAUUAUUCGUUUUCCCAAACGUCAUCAAGUGGAACAAUCGAUAAUAUGACAAUAGCUCUAAACAACUUUUACGAUACGAUGUCAACAACAGAUUACACUUCAUCAUACGAUUUUGAUUAUGACGAGGAAGAUGCUGCUUACUAUCUGGAGCUGCGAAUGCGCAAUUUACCAAUCGUUGAUUUUGACGGAGCGCCCAUCAAUAAGAGAGAAGCCAACAACAGUUUCGAGUUGGCAGAAAUUGUCAACUAUACUACCUUCGAGUAUUACAAUAGUACUGAAACCAUAUCUAGGGAAACCAUAACAGAUUUUAUCACUCAACCAGUAGAGACAAAUUCAUUUGAAACAAUAAAAUAUGACACAACAACGGGACUUACCGAUUCAUCGACGACGGAUGCUGAGCUCCUUGAAACAUCCUAUCAUACUGAAAGUACAGAAGAGAAUUCAAAAUGUUAUCAAUGGGUUUGCAUAGAGGAUCCGGAGGAUCGGGCUACAAAGCCCGAAUUCGAAUACGAAAGCAGUGAUUUCACCAAAUCGGAUAUGUUCACAACACCGGGGAUUUAUUUAACCGACCCAACUGUUGUUAUACAAGCAUCCGUGGUUCCCAGCACAGAAAGUCCUCGCUCCGGCGGUGCUCAGGAAAGCAAAUUUAAAAAUGCAGAUAUAAGGACCCUGUGCUGGGAAACCAUGUUCGGCCAGGAGUUGGCUAAAUUAACCAUUAUGGAUCUGAUUGUUACAAUUUUUUCCACAAUGGUCCUGGAUUUUUUCAGAGCACUAUUUGUACGAUACAUGAAUAAUUGUUGGUGCUGGGAUUUGGAGAAAACCUACCCAAAAUACGGAGAUUUCAAAAUAGCCGAAAAUAUCCUUCAUCUAGUGAACAAUCAAGGAAUGGUCUGGAUGGGAAUGUUUUUCUCACCCGGACUGGCCGUGAUCAACAUAUUCAAACUGGUCAUAAUUAUGUACCUUCGUUCGUGGACGGUUCUUACAUGCAACGUACCUCAUGAAGUGGUAUUCCGAGCUUCCCGAUCCAACAAUUUCUAUUUCGCUCUUCUGCUGACUAUGCUGUUUCUGUGUGUUCUUCCCGUAAGUUAUGCCAUCGUAUUCCUGGAACCAUCUUGGCACUGUGGACCAUUCUCACAUUCGAACCGAAUCUACCAUCUCCUAACGAACGCAACCGAUAAAAUUGUUCCCGAUAUCAUCACACGAUACAUCGUAUCCCCAGCAGCCGUUAUUCCACUGCUCGUCCUACUAAUCCUAAUUAUUUACUAUUUGAUCUCCUUGACUGGUUCCCUUCGGGAAGCCAACCAGGAUUUAAAAAUGCAACUGAGAAAAGAGCGUACGGAAGAACGUCGAAAAAUGUUCAAAAUCGCAUCCAACCAACAUUGUCAACCGAACGAAGUGACCAAUGGCCUAUCAAGCUCGUGGCACAAAGUACUAGAUUCGACGACGACACAGGUGAAACCUGCGACCGCGAAUGAACCGAACGGCGUGGCCGAUGGUGGCACCACCGGAAACAACAAACACCGUGAACUGAUGCAACGAAUGAUGAAGAAAGCCCUCCAGAAGGAGAAGACGUUGGAACCGAACCCACCAACAAGAACGGAAGAAAAUGUUUCGUUCACAGAAAUCAGCGAAAAAGUUGGUCGAAAUGAUUUGCCGACCACCGAAUCGAAACCGAAAGGUAAAUUUAUUCUUGGAUUGGAUGAAGGUGAAAAUUUGAUUGUGGACAAAAAUCGUAAAACUUCACGCUGGGUAGAUAACAUUCCGGUGAUUACGAUCAGUAAGACCUCCAGUGACGAAUGUAUACUCGAUUCGGAUGUGGAGGAAGUAUCCGACAGCACAGAUAUCAAAUCAUAA